UUGGAUGGGAGGUGGCCAUGGGGUUGCGGCAGGGGUUUGUUACCUCUUCGGCUUCCGUAGAGGAAGUCGCGCGGACCUAUAUCUGGGGUUUCGGUGUCCCCCCUCCCCUUCCCCGGGGUCCGGGGGUGACAUUGCACCGCGCCCCUCACGGGGUCGCGUCGCCACCCCAAGCGGACUCCCCAGCUGGCUUCCUGCCCCCAUCCACCCCUCUCGGCCAGGCUUUCCACUCCGCCCCCUGCUGCCCAGCCAUGGGGGCCGCAGUGUUUUUCGGAUGCACUUUCGUCGCUUUCGGCCCAGCCUUUGCGCUUUUCUUGAUCACUGUGGCUGGGGACCCUCUUCGCGUCAUCAUCCUGGUCGCGGGGGCAUUUUUCUGGCUGGUCUCCUUGCUCUUGGCCUCUGUGGUCUGGUUCAUCUUGGUCCAUGUGACCGACCGGUCAGAUGCCCGGCUCCAGUAUGGCCUCCUGAUUUUUGGUGCUGCGGUCUCCGUCCUUCUACAGGAGGUGUUCCGCUUUGCCUACUACAAGCUGCUUAAGAAGGCAGAUGAGGGGUUAGCAUCGCUGAGUGAGGACGGAAGAUCACCCAUCUCCAUCCGCCAGAUGGCCUAUGUUUCUGGUCUUUCCUUCGGUAUCAUCAGUGGUGUCUUCUCUGUUAUCAAUAUUUUGGCUGAUGCACUUGGGCCAGGUGUGGUUGGCAUCCAUGGAGACUCACCCUAUUACUUCCUGACUUCAGCCUUUCUGACAGCAGCCAUUAUCCUGCUCCAUACCUUUUGGGGAGUUGUGUUCUUUGAUGCCUGUGAGAGGAGACGGUACUGGGCUUUGGGCCUGGUGGUUGGGAGUCACCUACUGACAUCAGGACUGACAUUCCUGAACCCCUGGUAUGAGGCUAGCCUGCUGCCCAUCUAUGCAGUCACUGUUUCCAUGGGGCUUUGGGCCUUCAUCACAGCUGGAGGUUCUCUCCGAAGUAUCCAGCGCAGCCUCUCGUGCCGCCGGCAGGAAGACAGUCGGGUGAUGGUGUAUUCUGCCCUGCGCAUCCCACCCGAGGACUGAGGGAACGUGGGGGGGACCCCUAGGCCUGGGGUGCCCUCCUGAUCUCCUCGCCCUGUAUUUCUCCAUCUCCAGUCCUGGACAGUGCAGGUUGCCAAGAAAAGGGACCUAGCUUAGCCGUUGCUGUGGAGAUGAAAUUAAUGGAAGCUCAAGGGUAGACGAGCUCUCAGUUUCCCAGUACCUCCUCCCCAGACUGGGCGUCUUGGUCUUUUUCUCAGGUCUGAGGGGAACCAUUUUUGGUGUGAUAAAGACCCCAAACUGCC